AUGGAUCACCAGGAGGACACAGAAUCUGAGGAGCAUAUCAUUCAAAUCAAAAAUGACGAAAGUGUCCAGAACAAAAUGCAAAGGGAAAACAUAUCCUUUGGACAAGGGGGUAGCGGUAACUAUCCAGAGAAGAUCGAAGAUGUCCAUUCCAUCUUGUUCAAGAAAUUGCUGAAAGAAGUUGAUAAAUGGCCCCCAUCAUCUUCAGAAGGCGAGAAGAACCUCAUUUUGCUGAAGACCGUGCAUUUGAAAACAGAGAAAGAUAAUAUCCAGGGGGCUUGUUUAAUUGAUCACCCAGUGGAGCUGCACACUAUGUUACAAAGGGAGGCAGACUUCACCCACUCGUUGGUGAGAAUGCCAGAUAGCAUAGACAUUCAAGAGAAACCAGGGAAAGUCUUGGCCAUAAGUUUGCCAGAAGACAUUUAUGCACUCCACGAGGUAGAAGUGAUCAACAGUCCAAAUGAAACACCAGGACUUCAUGAGGGGAGAUGGUCAAUUGAGAGGGAUCCAAAUAUUCCUGGGCUUCAGGUUGAUAGAGAAGAAAAAAGAUCUGGAGGUGGAGUCAGGGACCAGCAGCUCCUUGUAGCUGAAGAGGGAAGGAUUAUCUCUCUGCCUGACUCCGAAGCAGCAGAUAUUCCAAAUGGAGCCACACGAUUGCACAAUUCUGAAAAUAAAACCCCGAGCAAGGACUGUGUAUCCCAACCUCCUGUUGCAAUCAACGGUGACGUUUCUUCAGAAAUCCAGGAGGGCAUAGUCCAGCAAGGGAAAGGAAGCAUUCAGCAACACUGCAAUCUCUGUCUGUUCACCACAUCCAGUCUGUCUGGCCUUAAACGCCACAUGAAGAAACAUUCCCACGAUAAGCCACACCAGUGCCACAUCUGUCUGAAAGCUUUCCGUACGCUUUCUCUGCUGCGUAACCACCUGAACACUCAUACAGGGACCAAGCCACACAAGUGUAAUGAAUGUGAUAUGGCCUUUGUGACAGUGGGGGAACUUUCCCGCCACAAGCGAUAUAAACAUACUCUGGAGAAGCCCUUUAAAUGCUCCAUCUGUAACUAUUGCAGCGUAGAGGGCAGCAAAUUGAAGCGCCACAUUCGCUCACAUACAGGAGAGCGUCCUUACAGUUGUACGGUGUGCUCCUAUGCUAGUAGGGACACUUACAAAUUGAAAAGACAUAUGGUAACUCACUCAGGUGAAAAACCCUUUGAAUGUGUGAUUUGCAAAGCCAGAUUCACACAGGCUGGGACUUUGAAGUUCCAUGUUUUGCAUAAACAUGGGGAAAAUGUACCAAAAUACCAGUGUCCACACUGUGCCACCUCCGUUGCCCGGAAAGGUGAUUUAAGAGAAGGCAGCGUGGCUUUGAAAACUAUUAGAGAGCAAAACACUCAGCACAUCAAUGCCAUCUUCGAUGGGUUUAUUUCCAGGCUUGUUAGCAAAACUCAUGGCUUUGUUUUGAUGACGUCUUCUUUCUCCCAGGAACGCUGCAUGAUUGUGCACAAGCAGACACACACCGGUGAGAAGCCCUUUGUUUGCCUCUCCUGCAACAAGGGCUUCCAGCAGAAACAGCUCUUAACCAGUCACUUCAAGAGACACCACGACUCCACCUUUGAGCCAAAGAUCUAUGCAUGUCCCAAAUGCAGCAAGGGCUAUUCACGUUGGAAUAACAUGCUCAAGCACACUGAAAAGUGCAGAGAGACAAGAGCUGCUGAAAGCUCUCCAUCCUGCAAAGCAAGCAAGAGGAAGAAAAGAGAAGAGAGUAGUCAACCUGUAGCCAAAGAAAAAGAAGCUGUUUGUGUGGACUCUCCAGUCUGCACCCCGUACAGUGUUUCUCACAAAGCACAGGAGAGGAAAGAAACUGCUCUGAAUGGCAGUAAAGCAGGAAUUACUUGUGAGAUGAUCUUCAAUUUGAUGGACAAGUAG